UCCAAGGCCCUGGAAUAAACUAUAAAAGGGUGGUGAUCUACCCCAGAUAUGGUGCCAUCCCCGCAUGAAAUUGAGCAAUACCCAAGCCAAACACUAUCUGAUCAACUCUGACCGUCAUCCAAUCGUUUAUCGAGACUUAAAAUAAACAUUCACCAUGCAACUCACUACUAUCACUGCCUUCCUCGCUGCGGCCACUAUUGCCCUGGCCAACCCGGCGCCCACUUGCGGCACUUGCAAUCCCCUCUCUGGCCAGAACAGCUGUGACAUUACUACUUCGUGUAUUAACACGGGCUCGACCUUCCACUGUGCCUGCCGUGCCGGUUACAAGGCCUCCAAGGAUAACAACAAUAUUCAUUCUCAGUUCCGUCUCAACAUGCCCAACUACGAGUUCCUAGUCUUCGUUCCUCAGAACACCGUUUGCAAUACUUUGUGCGAUAACCCAUACGCGGCACCUUCGAACUUGUGCAAUGAGGUGAAGAAGUGGAACUCUUGUGCUGUCUAGGAUACUUGCCUUGGUGGAUCAUCGAUUUGAUGGAAGAACACCUGGUACAAUUUGUGGUUGCGGGUUAAGUGAAACUGGGCGACGCUUCGCAGAUUCUUAAUAUGCAGCCCGCAAAGAAUGAUAGUAGCUCGGGGCUAUUUAACGCGGCAUGACACUCCUUUAGAAUAAUCAAUGCCAUACCCUCUACCA